UCCCCCCACCCUGAAUCCUGGAAAAACCCGUCCCCGCCCGGCGCUGUCUGUCCUGUAACCUGCACAGGUAAAGAGUAGCGGGAAGGGGCGGGGCUGGGACUCUUCCAUUCCCCGCUCGGAGCGUCGAGCCCCCCGUCACCUUCCCAGCCCAGACCCCGCCCCCGCCCCGCCAUUGGCCGCGGCUCUGGGUAAAUGCGGCCGCGCUCUGACAGCUGCCAGCAGUGAGCCUGUUGUCCCCCCCCCCACCACCCCCGAGACCCUGCUUCAAUCAGCGGCGUCCCGCGCCCAGCCCCGCGCGCCCAGCCUGCCAGGGGAGCUGUCCCUGCUGCCCCAGCCGAGCCAGGGGGAGAAGGGGCUGCUCGGAGCAGACGGUCCUUUUCCUCCCAGCUGUUGCCCGGGGAGGGGUCGGAGGCGGGUCCGGUUCAGCCCGGCUCCUCCCGGUGGCUCCGGUUGCCCCGAGAUGAGCAGCCCCGAUGCGGGCUACGCCAGCAGCGACGACCAGACGCAGGCAAGGUGCUCGCUCCCCAUCAUGAUGCCGGCCCUGGGCCCCUGCCAGUGGGCAGAGUCCCUGAGCCCCCUGGCAGACGCCAAGGUGAAGAGUGAGGCGGCCCCGGCGGGGGCUGCGAGCAGCAGGGCCAAAAGCGAGUCCCGCAUCCGCCGGCCCAUGAACGCCUUCAUGGUGUGGGCCAAGGACGAGCGCAAGCGGCUGGCGCAGCAGAACCCGGACCUGCACAACGCGGAGCUCAGCAAGAUGCUGGGGAAGGCCUGGAAGGCGCUGUCGCUGGCGGAGAAGCGGCCGUUCGUGGAGGAGGCGGAGCGGCUGCGGGUGCAGCACAUGCAGGACCAUCCCAACUACAAGUACCGGCCGCGCCGGCGGAAGCAGGUGAAGCGCCUGAAGCGCGUGGAAAGCGGCUUCCUGCCGCACGGGCUGGCGGAGGCGCCGGGCGCCGGGCUGGCCAGCGAGGGCAGCAGGAUGUGCGUGGAGAGCCUGGCCCUGCCCUACCCGGAGCAGGGCUACCCCGCGGUGCAGAGCGCGCUGCCCCCGGCGCUUGGCCACUACCGGGACUGUCAGCCCCUGGCUGCCGCCUUCGACGGCUACAACCUGCCGACCCCGGACCCCUCCCCGCUGGACGCGGCGGAGACCGAGACGGCCUUUUUCACACCGCCCCUGCAGGACGAGUGUCAGCUGGCGCCCUACGGCUACCCCGCGGCCGAGUACUCCACGCACGGGGCCGAGAGCCAGGUCAGCGCCGCGCUCCGCAGGCACCUGCCCCGCGCCGAGCCGCUGGGGCAGCUCAGCUCCCUGCAGAGCCUGCUGGGCUGCCAGGGCCCCCUGCACGCCUACUACGGGCAGCUGUGCCCGCCCGCCGGCCCGGCCCGAGCUCUCCAGCUCCCGCCGCAGCCCUGCCAGCCCUCGCCGCCGCCCGAGGCGCAGCAGUGCAGGGAGCCGCUGGAGCACCUGUCGCAGGACGAGCUGCUGGGCGACGUGGAUCGCACCGAAUUCGAGCAGUACCUGCACUUCGCCUGCAAGCCGGAGCUAGGGCUCCACUUCCCGGGCCACGAAGCCGGCCUGCCCGCGCCAGACGCCCACGGGCCCAUCUCCUCCGUGGUUUCGGAUGCAAGUACUGCUGUGUAUUACUGCACUUACCCAGACGCCUGAGAGACACGGUCACUCCCAGCGCUCUCGCUGUGUGAAGUAGCUGGGAGUGUGUGGCGGACUCCCUGGUGAUGGGAGCCUUGUACAGAAGGGUGUGUGCUUUGCUCCUAUUUAUGUAAUUUAUUGGAAUCUUCACUGGAGCUAUGGGACAGCCAACCUGGGUCGAAAAGUACUUAUCUGUUUGAACUAAAACAUGAUUGUUAUAACAUACAGGUAAGGGUCUUCUAUGGCUGGCUGACCUGCAACUGGUUCAUCUGUUUUAUAUGUCAAUGUCUGUCUGUUUUGUAAGAGUAAUGAUAAAAGUGGUGCCUCUUGCCCACAAUGUUUUUAUAGUUAAACUUUUUAAAAAUGCCUCCUUAAAAGAUUCUUAUUUUGUACUUUUAGAAAAUAAAUCACUGAGAUUUCUUAUGCAUUUGUUUUUCUGUAUAAGUAGCAUUCCUUUUUAGACUAUGGAAACCUCUAUAUCCUGCUCUAAGCAGAGAAAUCAUGGAGUGGGGAAAAAUGUAAUUACUUGGCCUUUGAGCCAUUCCUGCCAUCAUUAACUUGGGCAAAGGAUCUCUGGAACGAAACAAGGCUUUUAUUUGCCAAGUUUGGACUCUUAGUGCUGAAAUAAGACCUACUGUACACUUAUUUGGGACACACUACUGACUUCUGUAAACAGUACUUCUUACCAAUCUAGAAGAGCAAACUAAUAUCCUUUGGCCUAAUAUUUUCUCUUUGUUGUAUUUGGGUCCUCUUCAGACAUAGUAUAAUACCUAGUUCAUGCUGAUCCUUCAGUUGGGUUUAGGUUAUUCUAUUUUUAUGGCAGUUGCUCAGGGCCUCAGAAGCCAUUGCUGCUGAAGGAAAAGUAACAAACAAGAUUUCAAGGUAAGGUGAUUAUUACUAGAAGUGCAUCUCAGCUUAGCAAAUAACUUUAAAUGUGAACUUCCCCUCAGCUUCAACAUUCCUGUUUAGAUACAUCUCCACCAGAAGGAAAAAAAUAGAUGCAUCAAAACCACCUCUGUAAAACACAAAGCCAAAUGGAACAUCGAGAAAGGAUCUUGGAUUUUGAUUGGGGUGUCUGAUGAAAUAUUUCAUCAAGCAAACAAAAAUCCAAAUGUAAUAAGUACCUACAGACUAGAUGAGUCUUUAUGUAAUAAACUGUUACCUCCUGGUGAGCUGGAAUCUCAGACUGAAUAACUGAUCUUUUUCCUUGCAAUUCAGGAAGGCCACUACUACUUAUUACCAACAAAGAUAACUACAAUUCUGGCCUGUGCUAGCAGCUCAACUUCAGAUAAUUGGGAAUACCCUAAUGUACACAAACAGAUUAAUUUAAUUUCAAAUAAAUACUCUACUAAUUAUACACAUGGGCUGGUAACCAUUAAGCAAGAGAAUAUAAUUUUAUGUAGUAUCUUGUGAUCAAGAGGCCAAAUUCUGACCUCAUCUAGGCCAGCAUAAAGCCUG